AUGGCCACAAAAAGCACGGAUUCUAAACCCCUCAACCUCCCCCUCCCCAAAUCCCACUGCCUCAUCCGCCCGCUGACGCAUACCAACCCAACCGACGCGCCCUCGCUCGCGCACCACGCCAACAACCCGCUCAUCACAAAAUGGAUGCGCGACGCCUUCCCGAAUCCAUAUACGCUGGACGCCGCAAAGUCCUGGAUCACAUUUACAGAGGCGCAGUCGCCGAGACUUGAUUUUGCGAUCUGUACCUUGACAGCAUCUACCGCUGGCGAGAACGAGAGCGAAAGCACCGUCAUCGGUGGGAUCGGGCUGAAGCAAAAAGACGACAUUUACCGGCGGACGAUGGAAAUCGGGUACUGGGUGGGCGAGGCGCAUUGGGGGAGAGGGAUCGCGAGCGAGGCGUUGGAGGUUUUCACGCGGUGGGUGUUUUCGGCCGAGGAGUUUGCGCAUGUGGGCAGGUUGGAAGCGGAGGUUUUUGCAGGAAAUAUAGGGAGUUUUAGGGUGCUUGAAAAGGUUGGGUUUAAACCUGAGGGGAGGAAGAGGAAGGCUGUUGAGAAGGCGGAGGUUGUGCUUGACGUGGUUGUUAUGGGGUUGCUGAAGGAGGAGUUUUUGGAUGCGAGGAGGGAUUGA